UGGGAAAAGCAACCCUUAGCAUUCAAGCACACCAACGGGACACGGCGACACCCGGCCCCCCUUUCCUUCUUUCUCUCUAUAUAAACCCCGUCUGUAAUCUGUAUGAUGUCCCAGCUAAUUAAGCACUUGCGAUUGAUUGAUUGCGCACACAACUCCAACUGAAUCCAUGGAGGACACCUCGUCCGCUCUCCUGCGUUCCUCAGGCAGCGACGAGCUAGGACAGUCCAUGAGAGUAUACUCUGCGGCGACCGGGAAAGUCCCCUUCGAGUGGGAGGACGAGCCAGGGAAACCCAAGAGCCCGCCAAGGCUGGACGUCCUCCCGCCGCUGUGCCCGUCGCCGGCGAUGCAGAGCGCUCGGCUCACUGGUCGAGGCAGCCGACGGCGGCGGAGCCUCAAGCGCCCGGUGGAAUCGGAUAGCUUUGAAGGGUGCCUGCCUGUGAAGUUCCACCUGGGAAGAGCCAUGAGGAGUUAAACUGGAGUCACUGGAUUACUUACUCACUGGAUUACUUACUAAAAUGCUGCACCAACAUUUGCUAUCAUCACCAAAAGUUUCCAGUUGGCGCGUGCCUGAAAAAUACUAAAAAAACACAAAUGUAAGCACAGGUGAUUCAGAAGCAACUGAAUACACAAGCAUUGCUUGGAGCUCACCAAAU